UUCUGGCUGCUGUUGCAAUGGCGUUUGCUGCGACAGCACUUUCCGGCAGCAGGGAAAUUGAGGAGAAAGCAGCGACAAACGUCGCGAGCGGAUACGUUAUACCCUCAAAUGUCUUUGGAUUUAUGCGAUAUUCGGUGAACUAACGUGUAUAUUGAUUGUAUACACCUUCACCUCGUGGAUGAGCUCAGUGUUCAACGUUUUUCAAGCGUGAAUCUCCACCUUAAUGCGGUGGGAUGGCCACAGUGCCGCCUGGGCCUAGUAGCGCACUGCCUGCAUCCCCGGCUGAUAUUUCUCCUUUCCCCGGGGCUGGGAGCGCGGAGCCGGCUGGGCACGACGGUGAGCCGGCCUAUCACAGGGAGGACCGUGUACCCGCCGGUACGGGGAAGACGUCGGAGUCGGUAAGCGAAGUUAACAGGUCGCUUAAUUAUAAGAAGCAGAAAAACAUGCUAGCUCGAGCUAGCCCGGCGGCGCUGCACCUCAAAAUGCAAGCCCGAGAGCAGCAGCAGCUAAACGGCUUGGCCGGCCCGUUAGAGGACGCUGACAGCCACCAGCAGCACGCAGGAAACCGGCCUGACAAUCCGAGACCGUCCGUGGACAGCUGUGACAGCAGCGGCAGCAAUGAGGAGGCUCCAGAAACCGCCAGAAACUACAGUGAGCGAUGCCAAUACGAAGGCCCCUUCUCGAAAAACGGCAGUCACUCUCCCUUAGUUAACAAUAGCAUGAACGGGAUGCCGGGUUUCACGAGAACUGAGGCGGCCCACGGACACCCAGGGGACAAAGGGGACGAGGAGUUCGACCUCACGGAGCCGCCGGACGACGCCGGGCCCGGUGGACAGGAGAGCCCCGCAGACCUGCAGCCACCGGCCGCGGAGCUGGCCCGGCUCGACCUCAGCGGGUCUCUAGGCCGAGCGGAAGAGGACAGCCACGGCAUCCGCUAUGUCCGCUACGAGUCUGAGCUUCAGAUGCCGUGGAUCAUGAGACUGAUCACCAAGGACUUGUCUGAGCCUUAUUCAAUUUACACCUACAGGUACUUCAUCCACAACUGGCCGCAGCUCUGCUUUCUGGCCAUGGUGGAGCAGGAGUGUGUCGGAGCCAUCGUAUGUAAGCUUGACAUGCAUAAGAAGAUGUUCCGUCGCGGCUACAUCGCCAUGCUGGCCGUGGACUCGAAACACAGAAGGAAAAGCAUUGGUACUAAUCUGGUGAAGAAGGCCAUCUAUGCCAUGGUGGAGGGCGACUGUGACGAGGUUGUAUUGGAGACUGAAAUCACCAACAAAUCAGCCCUGAAGCUGUACGAGAACUUGGGUUUUGUCAGAGACAAGCGGCUGUUCAGAUACUACCUGAACGGAGUGGACGCGCUGCGGCUCAAACUGUGGCUCCGCUAGAGGGACGGGUGAGGACGGGACAGCAGGUGCUGUUCACCUCGUACGCUAUCGGCUUGACAGCCUCAGCUCAGCCCUGGUCAUUUCACUCAUAUACACACACACACACGCACACACACACACACGCACACACAUACACACCUGUGUAUGCAUAGACACGCAAACCCUCUUUUUUUGUCCCUGACCUCUGAACAACUGUUGUUUAGGCAGAAACGGACUGACAUCCCACCUGAUCUUCUCAUGAAGGGGCCCCUGAUACUUUCUGUGACCCGGAGGGUGUCUGGAGGGUCCAUCAAGCUUGGAUGGACCCCCCCAGAGGAGAGGGCUCCUCACCAAGUCCUCCUGCAGAACACGGAACAAAAACAGACUUCAACUAAACAGCAACACGUGAAACAAGGAAGCGGGGCAGUAAAGAGAAAAAAAAAAAAAAAAAAAAAAACUACUGGGAAGAAAAUAGUUGUGGAGUUUAUUUUUGUGUUACUUUUUUUUAACCUUGUGAGUUGGACGGGGGGGGGGCGGAUGAAGCUAUAGUAUGACUGUGUUUGUACCGCCUCGUGUUUUUUUCUGGUGUGUGUGUGUGUGUGUGCGUGUGUGCGUGUGUGCGCGCGCGUGUGUGUGUUCGUGGCGUGGUUGGUUUCACUGUGAGCCAGUGUUUGUGUGACUGUGUGAGUGCGUGCUGGGUCUGAGUCGUGCGUACUUUUUGUGUCUUUUUGUUUUUCCAUCCUGUCCAAAGGGCACAGCGGCUCCGUGCUGCCAUCUCCCAUCACCCUGCCUCGGCCUCCAGGACUGAAGCCUGUAAAGAUAUGCAUGCAUUUAUUUUAACGUGAGUGCGGGGGGGAAAGUGAGCGCUGUGUGUGUGUGUGUGUGUGUGUGUGUGUGUGUGUGUGUGUGUGUUGAUGAACCCGGUCUGGGGCUAACCCUCCGAAACCCCCUUUCCUGUGUUUGGUGUUAGCAUGUUGGUGCAGAGCAGAAACAAAUCACUCCGAUAGCACACCACCUUGUUACUUCAGUGUUCUUCACUAAAUCGCUCAUCAUCAAACCCUGACAGUAUGUGCAAGCAGUUAGAUUUUGUUCUUCCUAUUUUCUGCAGAUCAGAACUUGUUUAUUUCCCCCGAAUGCACUGCCAGCCGCUGCAAAAUCCCCCAAAAAGGAGAAAAUUGAUUCUUUUAAAGAGACUCCUUGCCAAUGAUGAUGUGGUCAAAUGUGUCCUAGCCAUCUCAGUUUACUCCUUUAUUUUUUUUUUUGAUUAUUCGUCUGUUCUCCUCGAUGCAAGUGCCACUCGAUCCAUCAGACGAGCUCGCUAACGGGCGUCACGCCGAAGCCUCGGCACCAGACCGGAGGCGAAGUGUUGCGUAAUGCUGGAGUCCUGUUUGAGUAUGGUGUGUGUGUGUGUCUCUUGGUGGGGGGAAAAAAAAAAGGACGAUAGACGAAGUAUUCUCAGCAGAUUAUAUUUUAUUCUUUUUGUUUAGAUUGUCUAAUAUACACCUGUAUAACCUCACGCUGCUCAUAAGCGGCUGAGCCCACGAUGCACUUCCCCGGUGCCCUAAACUCGAUGCACAGCCAACCUCGCUAAAACAUCUGAUCUCCUCGGAUGCACCCGGACGUUCCAAUCCACACAUUUUGCUUCAACCGCUUUUGUUUUCUCCUUUUUCUUAAAAGUAAUAUGAACAAAGGUCAGAUGAACUUCUUUGGAAAUUGCUGCAGUGUGUAUGUGUCCGUGUGAAUGUGUCCCUGUUAGUUCUGACAAUGGUGUUGAUCUGUUAGACUUUUAUUUCUCUACCUUCAGAGGCCCCCGCACAGGAAAAACAGCAUAUAGCCUUUUGAGGUGCCGUGUUUUGUUCCGGCCCUAAUGAGGACGACAGGAAGUUACAAAACACACACUUUAUUUUUUAGUGCUCGCUGUGAUAGAAAGGGCAGGAGACCGUUAAUAAACCCUUAAAGCAGCUUUGAUCUUUUUAAAGUCAAAUCGACAAAAAACACAACCUCCAUCACGGGUUGUUAAUGCAAUUUUAUGUCAACUUCAAAUGAUGCAAUUGGACAUCUGCAUGCUUUUAUCAAACAAAAGUCUGCAGCAAACGUUCAUGGUCGUCGGAUGUUUUAAUGAUUCACUGUCUCAUGAGUUGCAGUCGUCUCCGUGAGUGACACCACGACGUUCGUGUUGUGGGUUUAAGACCAGCUGAGGUGUCUCCUGUCUGGAGCCCAGGAUGAAAGAGAGAGUAGAUGUCCACAGAGUUGCCACCUUCAUAACAGUGUGUGUGCGUGUGUGCGUGUGGAACUAAGGAUCAGAUGACCUAUUUUUUUUUUUUUUUUUUUUUUCAGAGUUGUAUAUGAGUGUUCUAUUCCUUGGAUAUAAUGAGAGCAUGUUUAUUUUUUUUUUGGUUGAAUUAUCUGUUGGGAAGGGGUGGGGGGGAGGUUUGGGUUGAUUUCUGUCAGAUUUGAUUUUUAUUUUUAAUUUCUGUGCUACUUCAGCCCAUCCAGAGUCGUAACAAGUAUUUUGAGCAGUUCAAAAUAGGCAAAACCCGCUCUACACCAUCACCGACUUUUACUGCUCAUCUGACGCUGUUUAAAUUUAAAUUAUCACCCCAUGUAAUCUCCCCCUGGUUUAUUUUGGAGGUUUAAAUCUUCUGCCCCUGUGUUUGGACACUUGUCUCCUCCGUGUCCCCCUCACUGUCUGGCCCUUUUCUUCUUGAACACGGUGACUACUGAUGGAUGAAAGGACAGGAUCGGUAACACCUAACAGAGUGAACCCGUCUUCAAACCAGCUGUCAGGAUGUAUGAGGAGGCGUUUUAGAUAUAGAAGGAAACGUGUCUGUAAAAUUUCUUUUUUUUUUUUUUUUGUUGGUUUAACUCCUGUGAAACUCUGGCAGUUCCUUGUGGGCAUUACAGCCUGUCACAAGGAGCCGAAGGGCUCCGUUUAGCUUAUGAUCACAGACUGAAGGGCUUUGACAUCAAUAUCAAUUCGUAGCCACGGCCUGCGGUGUUGCACAGCUCUCUCUGGUGAUGCAUUUGGAAUAAGUCUUGACUUUACACGCCAGUUCAGUGUUCACAGAUGUCGGAGGCAGUUUCUUUCCUCCUCCUGGACGUCCGCUGUGAUAUGCAGUUGGUAUAUUAUAACAAUCAAAAAACUUGCUUCUCUGUCCUCACCUGGGGCGACAUCUGCCAUCCUACAAUUCUAGUUUCACAACUAUAAACUCUCCCAGAAACCAGUUUGCUGGUCAGAUAAACCAGAUGUUUUGGCUGUCACGCCGCACCACAAAAAGAAAGCUGUGGUCCCGUCAAAAAAACCACAAAGUGGAGAGCAAAAGGUUUUUCUGCAUGUCACAUGUCUGUUUCCCCUGUUCCUCUACCCCGUCCCCUCUCUUGAUUUUGAUCUGGAAAUGUCCGAUAGCUUUUAUUUAAUGUGGAAAAAGAACACAGAAAUAAAUUAUUUGAUUUUUUUAA